GUGUGAGAGAGAGAGAGAGCGGUGUGUGUGUGUGUGAGAGAGAGAGAGAGAGAGAGAGCGGUGUGUGUGUGUGUGAGAGAGAGAGAGAGCGGUGUGUGUGUGCGCUGAGAUUGAGCGCGCACUGUUCUGUUCCUAUGGAGUGUGUGUGAGUGUGUGAGACUCUGUUCAGAGUGGGACUGAGGGACAGAAAGAGAAUGUAAAAAUGGCUCCCAGCGCUCUGUUGCACUUCUGCUUCUGUGUUUUAUUCAGCGCGCAGACGGGCAGGGGAUUUAAUGUGGAUGUCCGCUUCCCGGUUCUCAAGGAAGGAAAAACCAAAGGCAGCUUUUUCGGCUUCUCUGUAGCGCAACACAGACUGACGGAAAAGCCCAGGAAGUACCUACUCCUGGUAGGAGCCCCCAAAGAGAAAGCCUUACCACAGCUGAAGGUAAACGAGACCGGAGCCAUCUACUCGUGUCCCAUCACCACAGACCUGACAGACUGCACCAGAGUCAACCUCAUCACCUCAACGGAGCCAUCGGAGAUUAUAGAAGGCAUGUGGCUUGGAGUGACUGUAGCCAGUCAAAGAGAGCAUCCUGGUGGACGAGUAUUGGCAUGUGGCCACCGCUAUGUGAAAAUAGUGCAGGGUGGAGGAGAGGAACAGCAGCGGAUGGUGGGCAAAUGCUUCGUCCGGGGUAACGACCUGAGCUUUGACCAAAACGACUUCUGGCAGGAGCACCAAUAUGAAGUGUGCAACCCCAACAACGACAUAGAGUUGGAAGGCAUGUGUAACAUGGGAAUUUCAGCAGGCAUGACGGACAGCGACGUCUACAUCGGCUGCACGGGGAGUUUUGAAUGGCAGGGCAACGUGCACGUUACGUGGAGAGACACAUCCCCAGACAACUCCUGGGAUUACAGUGAAAAGGACUUUGGCUCUCUAAACAGGCGCAACAGCUACAUGGGCUACUCUGUGACAGAAGACAUGAAGCUGUUGAGCAGGAAAGAGUACACAGUGGUUACAGGGGCUCCGAGAAACGACUCCAGGGGUUCAGUGAUGCUGGCAAAGAAAGGGCCAUCAAAACUCGAGCCUGCGAUUGUCAUCCCGGGAGAGCAAGUGGGCUCUUACUUUGGGAGUAGUAUAGCAGUAACGGAUCUCAACAAUGACGACUGGAAUGACCUGAUAGUGGGAGCGCCGUUCUACUUUGACCGCUACAAAGAGCAAGGUGGAGCAGUGUACAUUUUCAUGAAUGAAAACGGAUCUUUCCAGACCAAGUCUAGUGUCGUCCUGAAAGGUGCCAAGGGUUCUGCGUUUGGAUUCUCGGUGGCAGCUAUCGGAGAUGUAAAUCAGGAUGGAUUCCAAGAUUUUGCAGUCGGCGCGCCGUUCUAUGAUUCUGGGAAAGUCUAUAUAUGGAUGGGGAGCAAGGAAGGAAUAACAAAUGCUCCCAGUCAGGUUAUUGAAGGGAAGUCAUUGGGCUCUAGUGGGUUCCAGACAUUCGGUUAUUCCCUCAGCGGAGGCAUGGAUAUGGACAACAACAAAUAUCCUGAUAUCUUAGUCGGCUCUCUCGAUGACCGCAUAGCACUUUUGAGGGCACGUCCAGUCAUCCAUUUAUCCAGAAACUUCACAGUCAAGCCAAAAAUUGUGGAUCCCAGCCAGUGCACAGAUACUUGUAUAACAGCAAAGAUGUGUUUUAGUUAUACACUGAGCAACGGCAAACGCAACUUCAAGAAGGACAUUACUGUACGAUACACUGUAGAGGCGGACCGCAAUCGGUGGAGCCCAAGAGUGCACUUCCUCAAUGGCAAAAGCACAUACACAGGCCUCCUGUCCUUCUCCUCUCCAGCCUGCCAGGAGCUCAAGCUUCGAGUAAAUGAGCAGGUAACAAAUAAGCUGGAGCCGAUUGUGUUUCUCCUAAACGUUUCUCUGAACGAAGCUGCAGUGGAGCCCACUCAGACCCUACAGGACCUCGAUGCAUUUCCUAUGCUCAGUGGGCAGCAGCAGCUGACUGAGAAAACCGAGAUUAACUUCCAGAAGGAGUGUGGCUCGGAUAACAAAUGCCACAGUAAUCUGCAGGUGAAGGCGCAGUUUGCCAGUGAGCAGCAAACUGUAUUCCCCAGCGUGAAUGAUAGACAGAUAAUGGAAUAUAACAACAGCGUCAAGAAGCUGGUGUUGUUAGUGGAGGUGAGCAACGUGCCUGAGAGUGGCAAGAAGGCUGAGGAUGCACAUCAAGCCAUGCUCAACAUCACUGUUCCCCCUACACUCACCUACUCUGGCUUUCGUUUCAAGGAAAUUGAGUGUAGCGCUGACAACACUGUGAUAUGUAAUCUUGGAAACCCAUUUAACAGCAACAGAAAGAUUUCCUUUCAGAUCAUAUUUGAGACUUUUAUUACACUUUACACAGAGCAGAUUGUGCUACAGCUACAGCUGUCUACUCUAAGUGAACAGAGUGAUCUGUACCCUGUGCCAGUCAUCCUCAAUGUGGAGAACACAAUACAUACCUCUUUCUUUAUAAAUAACUUUGAGGUGAACACUUAUUUUAGUGGUAAAGUGGUGGGUGAGUCAGCCAUGAACACCACAAGUGACAUUGGCAGUCUCGUGGAGUUUGUGUUCCAUGUGAGUAUGCAGGGAGAACCACUGGGAGUACUGGGAACUCUGGUGGUCGAUUUUAAAUGGCCACUGGAGGUGGCAAAUGGUAAAUGGCUGCUGUAUCUGACCGAGAUCUUAACCAAUGGUACGUCUGAGUCACACUGCAUUCCUCCUGGAAAAAUUGUUAAUCAUCUGAACUUAACACUAUCAACAAAGAGUUCAAAACGGCCUAAGCGAGACUUGGACAACAGCCUGCCGCUCACUGAAGCAGCAAUAACCCUCCUUACUCCACGUAAAGAGACCUACGUGCUGGACUGUGCGAUGCAGACGGCUCGCUGCGUGACCUUCUCGUGCCCACUGAGGAACAUGUCCACCUCAGCCUCUCUCACCAUCAGAGCCCGUGUGUGGAACAGUACCAUGCUGGAGGAUUUUGCCAAUGCUUCAAGGGUCACCGUGAAAGGGAAUGCCAUGCUAAGGCUGGAAACUGACAAACCCACCAUCAAGAUGAAAACUGAAAAUCGAGAGUUUAAGGUACACAUUGAUCCUGUUCCUGGAGUAGAAACACCAUAUAAUGUUCCACUGUGGAUCUAUAUCAUUGCAGGCAUAGCAGGAAUCCUCUUAUUAGGCAUCAUCAGCCUCAUCCUGUGGAAGUGUGGUUUCUUUAAACGUGCCAGUCGAAGGGAGAUGUAUGAAGCCAAGGCCCAAAAAGCAGAGAUGAAGAUACAGCCAUCUGAGACAGAGAGGCUGACUGAGGACUACUGAGACCGUACGGGGCCUCCAUCGGCCCCCUGGUGUCCCCUGUUGGUGC